AUGCACACAACAGGCGUCCUCGGCAGCCUCACGGCCGACCAAGAGGCUCGCCUCCAGCAACUAUGGAUGUUUUUACUGAAUAGCUUUGAUAGUCAAGAAUUCUUCGACAAUAAUAAUUUCUCCAUGUCCAGCAUUUGGCCCCGCUCACAGAGUAUCGAUGAACCACCAUUAUCCCCAUCCAGCAUCAACACUACAAUUUCCAGCGGUCAUCGCCGGGUGUCCUUGUCGAGCAGUAAGAACACCAACGUGAGCAACGUCAGCAACUUUAGCAACCCGUUCAUGACCACAGGCCCAAAUACACCCAUGACGCCAGGAUUUCCACCGACAUUACCAACAUCGCCAACAAUGAACUCAGAACUAAACGUGCGGAGAUCACAACAUCAACUCUCUCUCAAAAAACUGCGCCGACGCACCUCACUAUUAAGCAAUGGUUGGAAAAUCAGCAAUGAAAAAUUCUCCACCGAACCAUCAACCCCCAACGCCUUACGUAGAGCAUCAACCCGCAGAGGCUCCCUCACAUUCCAAACCCAAUCUCUGGGCGGCGUCAACCUACGUCCCAGCCCUCAAAACACAAAGGUAAUACAACAAGUUCUGGCCAGCUACAAACUUACCCCGGACGAGUUACGAUUGGGUCUGUUAGCGUCUCUGAAACACGACCAUCCUGAUGCUAUGCUUCUCCGGUUCUUGCGCGCACGGAAAUGGGAUGUUGGGAAGGCGUUUGUCAUGCUGGUAGCGGCGGUGGCGUGGCGCACGAAAAAGAUGCAUGUAGACGACGACAUUCUCCCGCGCGGCGAAAUCUAUGCCUUGCAACAAAUGCGCAGUUUUGAUAGGAAGGAAAGUCGGAAAGGGUGGGAUUUUAUGAAACAGUUCCAUAUGGGCAAGAAUAUAAUUCAUGGCGUUGAUCGGGCGGGGCGGCCGAUUAUUGAUAUUAGGGUUAGGCUGCAUCGGGCGGAGGAUCAGUCGGUGGAGGUGUUGGAGAGGUAUAUCGUGCAUACGAUUGAGAGUGUGAGGAUGUUGUUGAGGCCGCCUUUUGUCGAAACUGCCAUACUCAUAUUCGAUAUGACGGAUUUCUCCAUGACAAAUAUGGAUUAUACGCCGGUGAAGUAUUUCAUCAAGUGCAUUGAGAACUUGUAUCCAGAGUGUCUGGCAGCGAUUAUCCUGCAUAAAGCGCCGUGGUUCUUCUCCGGAAUAUGGAAAAUGAUCAAAACCUGGAUGAGCGACUCGCUCGUCUCAAAAGUGCACUUCACCAAAACCCUCGACGACCUCGAGCGCUUCAUCCCCCGGUCAAACAUCCCUUCUGAUCUGGGCGGUACAGACGAUACAUAUCAAUACCAUUACAUUGAGCCGGACAUGAACGACCGUGCCGAGAACUUGUCGCUAGACGUGCACUCCCCGACACGCGAGUUUCUGGCAUCCCAACGAGAGCGCAUAGCGGAGAAUUUUCUCGAAGCGACUCGUCUAUGGCUUCAAACAAUCGCGAUGCGCGAUGAAAUCGGGUUAGCGAAUCAAGAAGCUCGGCGCGCGGAGCUUAUCGAAGAGUUGAGACUGAAUUUUUGGAAACUCGACCCCUUUAUGCGCGCACGAUGCCAGUUGGAUCGGGAAGGGAUUAUAGUUAGCGAUGGCAUCGGCACGAUUGAGUUUUAUCCGCAUCUUAGGGCUGUGGAGAGGAGGGGGAGGGAUACAAUGGAAGGGGAGGCGGUUACGUCGCCGUCGCCGGAGUCGUUGAUGGAGUCGUUGCCGGAGUCAAGGAUCAAUAGAAAUUCUCAAGCGGGGGUUGGAUCGGGAUUAUUGUCGCCUUCGUCGUCAACACUGGGUGCGGACGAGAAUAUUGAGAAGGUUGGUCAGGACAUGGAGACGGAGAAUAUGACGCCCAAGACACCGCAUCCACCACUCAACUUCCUAGACGAUGCUACUAGCAUCAGUACCGAUAACCAUGACCAUCAUGAUGAUGAUGAUGAUGAUGAUGAUGAUGAUGAUGAUGAUGAUGACCACGAUGAAUCAAGCACAACCCGCGACGAAAUAAUGCAAGAAUACAUGGACGACAACUAUGACGACGACUACAACGACAACGACUACGACCACCACCCCUCUCAUCAAUCCCUGCCCUACAAGCAAGAACCAGAAUACUACCCCCCACCACCACAACAACCGCCGCCACCUCUCCCUGUAAACAACCACUUCUCCGCGUCCCAUAAAGAGAGCGAAAUAAGCUAUGAUCUCGACGACCUCGAUGAAGAAGACGAAGACGAAGACAUAGACGACGACGACGACGAAGAAGAAGAAGAAGAAGAAGAAGAAGAAGAAAUCGAGAUCCACGAUGCGGUCACGCACCGGAUUGCUUACCCCCGAGGAGGUGGGAUAGUGCACAGGGCUGCCGUUAGGGUUAUCAACGUUCGAUGA